GUAUCAUAAAGUCAAGUCAGAAGUUAAGUCAUAUUAUUGUGGUAGAUACAGGUGAUAGGUACUGGGACUGAAUAGCUAACAAAAUGAACAUUCAACUAAUUUUGUAUUUGAUACUGUUAGGUGUAGUAAAUAUCAGCUGGAGUUUAUCUAUAGCCAAUACUGAAACCUAUUGGAGAUCUUUGCCCCGAGUAGACUUUUCUCUAGCUGACGCUCAAAAGACUGAUGUAAGUUACACCCUCUUCACGAAUUCCUCACCUACUAUAGGAACCACAGUUACUGAAGGAACUAGCAAUGCUUCAAUUAAAAACAAGAAUAUACCAACUAUACUAAUAAUCCACGGUUGGGCUACAGAUGAUACGUCGCCAUGGUAUAGACCACUCAGAGACGAGUACUUCAAACAAGGACUUUAUAAUAUAAUAUUUGUAAACUGGAGCAAAGCUGGAAAUAAAAGCUAUGAGGUUGCAAGCGCAAAUUGCAAACCUGUAGGAAGAUUCGUCGCUGAGUUUUUAAUUACUUCGAAAGUAGACUUAUCUAAAGUCCAUUUAGUAGGUCAUUCUCUUGGCUCCCAACUAACAGCCUUCAUUGGUAAAUCGACAGUAGAACUCACAGGCACAAUGAUUGGAAGGAUCACAGCACUAGAUCCAGCAGGUCCUAUGUGGAAUAAACCUGAUAUGCUCGACACUGAAAAACUUACUUGGCGAGACGCAGAUUUUGUCGACAUUAUUCAAACGUUUGGCUUGAAAAAACCUAUUGGGCAUGUUGACUUUUAUCCCAAUCGCUCAAAACAUCAACCAGGGUGUCCUUCUGAAGGAUAUACUUCAGACCUCUGCAACCAUGCUAGAUCGACCCUAUUCUUUAUAGAAUCAGUAGGAACAAAAGCUCGAGCUGUGGAAGGGCUCUUUUACGAAGAUGAGAAUGCAGUCGUGACAAUAAAGCCAAAGGAAAAUGGCAAAAUAAUAGUAUUUGGACAACAUGUUAGUAAACAUGCGAGAGGUGUGUACUAUUUAACAACAAAUCCAAAUAAACCUUUUUUAAAAUAAAAUAAAAUUUUUAAAUC